AUGCUUGGUCAAACCCGUCGCAGCUCGCUUCCUCCCACUUUCACUAGCCAAUACGGGCGAGGUGUCAAUGAGCGAGCUUCAACGGACCGUGUCACCCUUUACAACCUCUCCUCCCGUACUACGCCAGAGUUUUCGAGACCUCAAGACGCAAACUCGGACAAGAGCAACUUGCCGACACGAGACGACCAGCAAAGCUUGCAACCAGAACAGUCGCGUGGGACGCCGCAAAAAGACGAAAGCGCGUCGACCACGGGGACCGGUCAAGCAGCACCCUGCAAGCAGCAGAAGCCCAGUCCGUUGGAUCUGAUCAGACUCACAUCACCCGCAUUACACGCACCUUCAACAGGGACUGCAGAAGGCACAACGCCGUUCCCCGAUGGAGGCAAGCAAGCCUGGCUCACCGUGCUCGGCUCUUGGUUCGCUCUUGCAGCCAGCUUUGGCAUGGUCAGCUCGUGAGUGAAAUGCGAAAGCGCUCCGCAGCUCCGCCCUCCCUCCUCCAGGUGACCCACCCGCCCACGUCUUUGUCCAGGUUCGGGGUAUUUCAGACUUACUAUCAGAUGGAAAUCCUCACCGCCUCAUGGCCAUCUCAGAUCAGCUGGAUAGGAAGCCUGCAGACCUUUCUCUUCUUUUUGCUCGGCAUGCCAGUGGGCAGGGUGUUUGACGCUUACGGCCCAAAGCGGCUCGUCUUUUGUGGCACGCUGGUGCUCUCCUUUGCUCUCAUGAUGACCAGCUUAGCGACACAGUACUGGCACUUCAUCCUUGCUCAGGGUUUUGUCGGAGGUGUAGGCUGCGCUUUGAUGGUGAGUCUCUCGGGACACUUGGCCCGAUCCUCAGCCUCGGCAUCCUUUAACUCCUCAUUCGCAGUUCUAUCCCGCGCCAUCCAGCAUCGCCUCGUACUUCCUGCGUAGGCGAGGCCUUGCCAUGGGGAUUGCGGUCACAGGCUCAUCAGCAGGCGGCAUCAUCUUCCCUAUCGCUCUCAACAACAUGUUCUCCAUCGACACCCUUGGCUUCGGAUGGAGCGUUCGCAUCGUAGCCUUCAUCAUACUUGCUUUUGGCCUGAUCGCCAUGCGAUUGAUGAGCUCACGGGCACUGGAGAGCAAGAGCGAGGAGAAGUGGACGGACAUUUCGGCGUUCAAAGAGGCAAGGUACUCGUUGCUAUGCUGUGGGUCGUGCCUGAUUGCGUUGGGGAUUUUCGGUCCUUACUUUUGUGAGCUAUAAUUCUUUUUGUCCACCCAUGGCAGACUUGAAUGACAGAACCUACGCCCCUCCAGAUCUAGAGUCAUACGCCAUUCAGCAGGACAUGGCCCCGAACCUUGCAUUUUAGUGAGCAACACUGUCAUCUAGAGCGGGCAACCCUCGGCGACCUGACCUCGGUCCCGCCAGCCUAAUUGCAAUUCUCAAUGCCGGCUCUCUUCUAGGUCGGCUCCUUGCAGCGCCACUGAUGGACUACGUUGGCAAUUUCAACACCCUGCUUCCAUCUACAUUGCUCAGCGGUGUGUUUUGCGUCGCUUGGUGGAUCCCCAUCUCGAGCAUGCAACCCCAAACCAAGCUUCCAUCCAUCGUCCUCUUUGCCGUCAUGUACGGGGUGGUUAGCGGUGCUUACAUGGCGUGCCUGGCGCCUUGCAUCGCUGCGAUCAGUCCGAUAGAGCAGAUCGGCGCCAGGAUUGGGAUGAUCUAUAGUCUUAUCUCAUUACCGUGAGUGGGUGCCUCAACCAGCUUGAUCUAUACCCAAUUUGACGCGCGAUCCAUUGGCAGUGCCUUGCUCUCCAACCCCAUUUCUGGCGCAUUUUUGUCCGGCCCUUCCGAUAACACGUAUCAUCAUCUCAUGGCUUGGGCAGGCGUCACCCAGAUCGUCGGAGUCAUCUUGGUCAGCGCGACACGACUCUUGAUCAGUCGGUCGUUAUAUGCAAAGGUUUAG